CAUGAGUUGCUCAUUAGAGGCAAGUGGCUCCACUCCACAAGUGCCUAAAAACAGCCUACUGAAGAAGGAAGUUAGAGGAACUUUUGAUUUAACAGUAUUAAGGAAAGAACAUUAUUGCAACCAAUUGUAAGGACUUUGUACUAACUGGGUGAACUAUUUGUGUUUGGGAAACCUGCCUAAAAAGAGCAAUUUCUGUGCCGAGCAAGAUAACAAGUGUCUUCUCUGUUCUCUGGCAACAAAUUUGGAUUCAGUAGCCCCAAGUGGUGAGGCUAUUAAGUACUUGUGCUGAUGCUGGAAGGGAUUCUUCAGAGUAUACAAAAGGUGAAACUCACUCCUGUGAAGAGGACUGCUAUAAAACCCUCUUACUAAACACCACUCAAGCCAUAUGUUGAAGAUGUAAGUGGUGCAUAGCCUCUAUUCUGGCUCUCUGCAAAAGGACAUGCUUUACCUGCUAAGAAUAUAUCCUACUAACAUCCAGCCAUGAACUCAAACCAGUGCUUGAGAGCUAUUUCUGUGAUACAGCACUUCAAAUAGUGACUUCAUAACACCUACCUAUAAGGGAUUGCUAUUUAAAUUUGUCCUGUUGAGGAACUAUUUAUUUGUUUGCCGCUUAUGAAAAGACUGUUCCUCUCUAGUUUGUUUAGAACCAGGAAACGUCAGAGAGUGGAAGACAACAAUCUCAUUCUUUCAUUUUAUUUUGUAUGGGCAACUCUGUACUGUGUGCAUUUAUUAGUCUCUCAUGAUACUUGGUUAGGAGAAAUGGUGACUUGUUUAACUUUUUGGCUGAAGAUGCACCUUAUGGGCUCCAGAGAUGUACCUUAACACUAGUGAUUUCCUAGGGAGGUUCCAGUUUUGGAUUCAUGCCUUCUCUUGUGAUUGACAUUGCGCUGGGCAGGGUACAGAUCAUCUUGUGCCAGUAUUAAACAGGGUUAGCUGCCUGCUUUGAUCAGGCUGAACCUUUCAGCACUUUUUGAUAUGACUGACCAUGUGGUGUUACUUUGUUAAUGAAGGGAAGUCUGUGGCUGGAAUCACUCCCCAGUGGCUCUAGUUGCAUCUUUCAACAUAGUGAUGGUAGACAACUCUCAUUGCUGUGGGAGUUCAGAUCUAGUAAUCCAUCAGUUCUCCUUCAUCUCUCAUGCUUCCCAACAUGUGAGCCUUAUGGCAAGGUCAUUUCUCUACAUCAAAUAUGGCUGUAUGGCUCAUAUUUUGAGAUUGGAGCCGUGACUAGACAGUCCCUCUUUGUCCCACCAGUGGGACUGAUGGUAUAGACAGGCUUCCAGGCAGUAAUCUGCAUUUAAACACCAUGUUACUUAAUUCUGUACAGGAUGGUCUUCAUGACAUGAUGCUUCAAACACCAGCAUUUGUCAGCACGUUGUCUAUGGAUAGUGAGAGCUGCAUAGGUGGGAAAAAUCAGGGAAAACUUAGUGUACACAUUAGUGUAAAUGCUGCUGCAACAAAAUGGGGAUUGAAGGGCCCAGAGAGGGAGAGAAGACUAACCAUAUAGGAAUACUCUGCUUCUGGCUGCUCCAAGGCAGGGCUCUGAACUUGUUUAAAUCCAACUUCUAUUUUGAUCCUGAAAAUCACUUUAAAAACCAAACAAAAACUUACUGUACACACCCCUGCAUACUGCAGGAAUGCUCAAAAGCAAAGUCAGGCAGAACAAUGCGGUUCUUACUAUCAGAGUUAGACCUUUGAUACAAAGAAGAGACAGCUGUAAUAAAUUUAACACAUGAACACUGUGAUACAGCUGUGAUCACAGCUAAAUGUUAAUGCCUGUCAGAGGAUGCUGAUAUCAGUGAUUACCAUUACCGCAUUUGCUUUUCGUGAGGUACACAUAGCUUUCUCUUUGUGUACAAAAGGUAACUUUUGGAGAGGACUGAGGGGGCAAGUAAUGAACUGGCUAAAUAGAACACUUAAAUUAAUUUGAUCCACAGUGAAGUGCGUGCACUCAAAAUUAGACCAGCUCGUAGUUGGGAGUGAAUAGCUUGGAGGCACAGAUGAAUGAAUUGUGCACAGAAUGACACAGUAACUGCAGCCUGUACUCUAUACCUUUGAACUAGUUAAUGACCUAUGCACCCAAAAUUAUUGAAACCUCUUUCUUGUGGGGCAUGAUCUCAUUGAAGUCAAUGGAAACAGGCCCAUAGAUCUCUGGAUGCUCCUAACCGAUGUGUUCCCAACAUUAGCAUUUUGGUGGAAUAGCUCAAUGUGGCUAAGGGAGACCACCUCAGACAAUAGUAGAAUCUGGACUCCUCAACACGUUAAAAGCAUGUUGGAAAAGUGAAAAAUGUCAUGCUUUGAGUCUAAAUCCUGUCCAUCUGCCCAAGAGGAGGUGAAGGAGGAUGGGCUGUCUAGUGGAUAGGGUGCUAGCCUGGGACUUGGGAGACCCAGGAUGAAUUCCAUGCUCCACCACAGACUUCUCUCCAUCUGUAAAAUGGGGAUAAUAAUACUUUCCUAUCUCCCAGGCACUGAGGAUAAAUGCAUCAGACAAUGAGGUGCUCAGAUCAUACAGUAAUGGGUUCUAUAUAAACACCUUAGAUAGAAAAUGGAAGGCAUAUUAGAACAGACAAGAUACAUCUAAUAAUGCAUACUACCCAGAUAGUUGACAAUGCUUCAGAGGAAGGUAUAUAACCACUACAGUGCACCUAAAUGUCUAUAGCCAAAUGCAGAGGGUUCUUCCUAACUGUAACAAUGUGGUCUGUCCCUUUUAAGGGGUGUCAGGCCCAGGGGCCUGCCAAACCCCUUUGCCAAGGCAAACCUCUUUAAUGGUAAGUAUUUCAUCAGAAUGGGGGCCAGCUGUUUUAAUAACAUGCCUACAAUUCUUAGCAGGUAAAAAGACGGGGGGGGGGGGAGGGGGAGAGUCUGAAGAGAGGUUCCCUGUAACCUGAUAAGGGUAAACUAGGGAAGCCCGUGAGGAUUACAGCACAGUCCCUGUGCGGGGAGGGGGCUGUGAUAAUCUUGUCUCAAGACAGAAGGAAGUUUGGGCUGAGGAGGAGGUGCUGGGAAGGAGAAACAGGACAACUUGAGGGGCAGAAAAAACUGAUUAUUUAGGAUUUCCAGGUCUGGGAAUUCAUGGCAGAGGGAGGGUGUGGGUUCUCCCUAGGCUACCAUCCUGGUAGAGAGUGCAGCAACAGGUGUUGCUAAGAGGAGGUAGAAGGAACUAACCAGAGCCCAGGAGGGCUGGAAUUUGAGCCUGGGAAUAGAAAGCCAAAGCCGGUUAUGUGACCGGCGCAGGUCCAAGAUGGAAGACUGAUGUUUUUCUUUGGACUUUGAUUACACUAGAAGGGUUGGACUUAGCCAGAAGGCCAAGCCACCUCAGAAACUGAGUCACUGAAAACCCAGGAGGGAAACUGAGGCAGGUUGUCUGCAGUGCCACACCACACAGGGGCCUGCUCUGGAACUGCACCCUGCUAUGUUAACCCCAUUUUAUACUCUGGGGGAUUCAUGAACCACUGUAACUAUUAUCCUACCCACUAUAAUUGCAGAUGCUGUUAUUUUAUGUAAAAUGUGAAAUCUCCCUUUUAAUCCCUAAGGAAUGGAUACAUGGAGAUCCUUGCAUUGAAACAAAUACAGCUACUUUUCAAUGGAAUGAUUAAUAUCUUCACAUGUACAAAAAGCUCAGCAUCUCAUUUCAAUGGAAUGAUUAAUAUCUUCACAUGUACAAAAAGCUCAGCAUCUCACAUCCACAUAACAGCACUCUGUGCAACAGUCAUGAGUGACGGUGUGAGAAGUAUCAUAUUUUUAAUAUCCUGACUGAGCAUCCAGAUGUGUAAUGAAACAUUGCACAGCUCAGGAGGGUUGUGUGUGUGUUGGAGGGGGUGUGUGAAUUGGAUAUCCAUGUUGAAUAUUCCAGUAAGCUGCGUAUCCAUGGAGAUAAAGCCUGUCCAAAUCACUUUACUGAUUCCUUUUGCUUAGCUGUGUAGAAGAAAUUUUACAGGUUAAUAAACUGACUUUAUUGAGACUGAAUGUGACAAUCCUUUCUCACUUUUAAAAUACAGGUGCAGGAUACAAAUUUGAUGCAGGCUUUGGGAAGAUUGCUUCAAUCCUCCCUGUUAUGCUUUACCAGUUUGCUGUUGGACUUGUUCUAGAGAUAUGCCCAUUAUCACCAGAAGGUGUCAGACUGCUACCAUAUCAAAAGUGGAGUGUUACCAAAAUUCAAAGAAGGCUAAUGCAGCUGCAUUUUGAAAACUGAGUGAAAUACAACCAAAUGGACUCCUCGAAGCACUUGCUUUGAUCUGCUGAGUUGGGGGGAAAUCGUACUGAGGAUCUGGUGUCUACCUCUGUAACCUCUAACUUCUCAGUGCUAUGGAACAAAGUGAGGGCGAGCAGGCACCCCAGCCAGAGAGUCAUGAGGACAGCAAGAGCAAUGUGAAAUCCUUGCCUGGGGGAGCUGUCCAUGUCUGGGGAGAAAUAAAAAAACAUGCAGUUACAGAUGACUACAAGCUCUCCAAACGGGUGCUAGGUUUGGGUGUUAAUGGCAAAGUACUGGAGUGUUUUAACAAGGUGACAGAGCAGAAAUGUGCUUUAAAGCUCCUGUAUGACAGUCCGAAAGCACGACAGGAGGUGGAUCAUCAUUGGAGGGCGUCAGGGUGUCCCCAUAUUGUCCACAUUCUGGAUGUGUACGAGAACAUACACCAGGGGAAAAGAUGCCUCCUCAUCGUCAUGGAAUGCAUGGAGGGAGGGGAGCUGUUCAGUAGGAUCCAGGAGCGAGGAGACCAAGCUUUCACAGAGAAAGAGGCCUCUGAGAUAAUGAGAGACAUCGGAACAGCCAUCCAGUAUCUGCAUGCAAUGAACAUUGCCCAUAGAGACGUCAAGCCUGAAAACCUACUUUACACAUCCAAAGAAAAGAACGCAGUACUCAAGCUCACAGACUUCGGGUUUGCCAAAGAGACCACUGUACAGAAUGCACUGCAGACGCCCUGUUACACUCCGUAUUAUGUGGCCCCGGAAGUCCUUGGUCCUGAGAAAUAUGACAAAUCAUGUGACAUGUGGUCUCUUGGUGUCAUCACAUAUAUUCUCCUGUGUGGGUUUCCUCCAUUUUACUCCAACACCGGACAAGCCAUUUCCCCAGGGAUGAAAAGGAGAAUUCGGAUGGGGCAAUAUGGGUUUCCCAAUCCAGAAUGGUCUGACGUAUCAGAAGAAGCCAAGCAGCUGAUUCGUCACUUGCUUAAGACAGACCCGACUGAGAGAAUGACGAUUUCUCAAUUUAUGAAUCAUCCUUGGAUUAAUAAAUCAAUGGUGGUACCACCAACCCCGCUUCAUACUGCACGGGUCCUGCAGGAGGAUAAAGACCACUGGGAUGAAGUGAAGGAAGAGAUGACGAGUGCUUUGGCUACUAUGAGAGUGGACUACGACCAAGUGAAAAUCAAAGACUUGAAAACAUCCAACAACCGCCUCCUCAACAAACGCCGCAAGAAACAGAAACAGGCAGGCACCUCCUCCGCAGCCCCAGGAUGUAGCAACCAGUGAGAAUAAAGGAGAGGAGGCUGAGGACUUGAGGGUUAAAAUUAAAAGGAACAAAUAAAACUGAGCAGGGUCAGCUUACCCUAUACCACAAAGGGGCUGGCCUUGAGAAAAAGAGGAACCUGGCCUGCAAAGGGGGGAAGUGAUAAAGACUACAUCAUUCUAGAAUGUUAUCUGGGCUUUGCUUUUUAAGGGGGAUUUGUUCUUGUCAUAUGAUUUUUGCAUUUUGCCAGGGGUACCUAGCAGUACCAGAAACUGGGGAAUUUUGACACAUCUUUAGCUGUUUUGGGGCAGCAGAGGGUACAGGAGAUCAAGUCUUAGAAUACCGAUACACGAAGGUUUUAACCACAGCCUGUGAGAGUGACUUCUACUGUGAUUUUAAGCUUGUGAAGGGGAAGACCAAAGUGUUCUGGUAGGAGAGGUUCAAGACUUCAAACACAGGCAUGGGGAAGGGAGUGAAAUGUCACUGCUCUCUUUACACAAGCAGCACAGUCUCAACUCUUGGUGUUGCUGGUGCAUCUGAAUCGCAGCUCAUGCUAGCAUUGGUGAGAACAGUGAGUGUUUUCCAGGUUUAACUCCUACAGCUGCACAUCAUCUGAACAGAGAAGCACUGUCCUUGAUUUAGGAAAACCUUCCUGUGCCACUAAUGGAUGGAGUAAGGGUUUCUUCUUGCAUUUCCUUAUUCACACAGAUCCUUAGUCUUAUGUGAAAUUCAGGUUUUGUAGCACUUUUCUAAUUCAGUAGUUUGUUCAUUUUCUACAGUUACAAUGAUGCCAUGUCUGUUCUACUGGCAUAUCUCUCUGGCGUUUUUUGUUUUUGUUUUUUAAAUCUAUGGCAGUAUUUUACAUAAAGCUGUUUGUUUUUAAUUAGGACUCAGAACAUGUCAUUAAUCCUUCUGAGUCUGUGAACCUUCAAUGAACACAACUGGAUAACUAUCAUAUACACACCUCUGCUCUAAAGAGAGGCGUCUGAAGUCCACAAAGAAAUGGAAAGGGUUGUUCUCUGUAGGAAAUCCCAUUGUCUGACUUCAUCCAGUCUAUUACAUGCAGGUCUUAUGCCUUAUGUAAGGUGCUUAUUUCUGUUAGGUUUUCCUGCUGUGCUUUAACAAGCAAACUUUAAACCUUGGGGAGUAUUUUGACCCAUUCUGACACUAGAAAGUGUAAACCAAUGUCAGCAAUACUGCUGGAUCCAGAGUCCCAACAUGGAUAUGUACCCAUUGUCUUUUUUUUCUAACUCAAACUUCUGGUUUAGAUAUUCUGGCUGUGGUUUGUUAAUUUGUUCUUCUACUUUAUGUUCAGAUUGUUCCUUCUUACUGCAUUACGGGUUUUAUUUGAGGUGAACAAAAUAUCAGCGAGAAUGUGGAGAGUUUUUAAGGUGAAAUUAAAUGCUUCCAAUGCUGCAAAUAAACACAUUAUAACAUGGGAAAUGAGGGGCUGAAAGGGUCAGACAAGAGGACAGCAGUGUACAGGAGGCAAAGCAAUCCUGCCAAACAGGGUCUGGAUCUUCCAAUUUAUUUGAAAACCACACUGAAUUUGUUACCUCUCCACUGAAGAUCCGCUUGAUGCUUCGACCUUACAGAUGGGCUCUGGUCCCUUGUAGGAAGCACUGGCUAUCCCUACAAACCAUCCACUUUUCUUUGUGUAAUCUUUGGAUUUUACAAAAUGAUUUUAAUAAAUAAUGAUGUUCCAGCA